GGUCUCUAUUUAUAGAAAAUAAAAAAAUAUAAAUUUUGAUAUUUUUAAUUAUUUUUUAAAUAUUUAUAUUAAAAAUAUACUAAUUUUUUAUUAAUUAUCCCAACAAAAUCUACUUAACCAAUCAAAUAUUGACAAAUCGUUGCACCAUUGAUCCAAACUAGAUGAGAGAGAGUGAUCACUCCCCAAUUUUCCUACCGACAAAGAUGGUCUUAAUAAUGGCAGCCAUAUUUACUGAACACCACUUUCCUUUCCUUUUGUUUUGCUUAUUUUUCGAGUGAGCAGAGAUCUGAAAAAUGGCUUACAAUCUUCAAUCACUCAUCACCAUCCUCCAUGGGAUUCUGGAUCCCGAACAAACACGCUGGAAUCUUGGACGUGAGAAACCACAACUCCAAUCCCUCCUCGAAAAAGCUUCUUACCUGCAGCAGCAGAUUCUCGAAAAAACUCCACUACUCUCCAAAAUACCAAGCUUGGAGUGCCAAAUCAGAGACGUAGCAAAUGAAGCAGAAGACAUCGUUGAAUCUCACAUGGUUAGACGAAUUUUCUCGAUGCAUGAAUCUUACAUGCUUGAACAACUGUUUUCGAUGCCAGAAGAAGAAGAAGAAGACACGACACCAGAUGUGCUGCUUGUGACACAAAAACUUGAUUCUGUGAUCGAACAAGUCGUGAAGCUCGUGGAGGUGGAGACAAACAAGAAGCCGACUGGCAGCUCAGUGAGUGGUGCUUCUUUCUCGAGCGUCGUGGUGGGAGUUGAUGAAGAUCUGAUGCAGCUGAAGGAUCGGCUGAUCGGGAUGCAGAGCAAGUUGGAGGUCCUGCCCAUCGUGGGUAUGGGUGGUAUAGGUAAAACCACUCUUGCUCGAAAACUUUAUCAAGAUCCACUCAUUCUUGACCACUUUAGCUAUCUUGCUUGGACCACAAUUUCACAAGAUUACAAUAUGCGCUCAAUUCUAUUAAGCCUUCUUCGUUGCAUAACUGGAUCAGACUAUGAACAUGAGGGAGAUGGUGAGUUAAAAGAUAUCUUGUAUAGGAGCUUGUGUGGUAGAAGAUACAUGAUUGUAUUAGAUGAUAUUUGGAGCACCACAUUCUGGGAUGAGAUAAGGAUGUACUUCCCGGACUACAAUAACGGGAGUCGGAUUGUGAUCACCACUAGGGAAUCGGAUGUCGCCAAAUAUGCAGACUCGGAGAUUCAGCACCAUCAUCAGGUGCAGUUGCUGAGCGAGUCUCAAAGUUGGGAUCUUCUUAGCCAAAUUGUGUUUGGAAAAGAGGAUUGGCCUCAUGAGUUACAAGGGAUAGGGAAGAAGAUUUCGAGUGAUUGCAGUGGGCUUCCUCUGGCUAUCAAUGUGAUUGGAGGGCUGUUGUCAAAGGUGGAAAGAUUGAAAGAUGUUUGGGAGAAUAUUGGGAACGACGUAAGAGCUGCAAUUGCUGAAUCGGACAAGCAGUUCUUGAAUAUACUAUCCUUAAGUUAUAACCAUUUGCCGAUUCACUUGAAACCAUGUUUCCUCUAUAUGGCAGCAUUCCCCGAAGAUUAUGAGAUUGACCACUUGAGACUCAUAUGCAUGUUGGUAGCAGAAGGAUUUGUGAAAUCGAAUGGAGAUAAAAGUUUGGAGGAAGAGGCAGAGGAUUAUUUAAAGUCACUUGUAGAAAGGAAUCUAGUUUCGGUUAUUACAAGUUAUAGUUGGUAUGGAAAAGCAGAGACCUACAACAUGCAUGAUCUUUUGAGAGAUUUAUGCAUUAGGAAAGCUGAUGAUGAGAAGCUUCUACAUGUCAAGAAUUCCACAUUCUCUAACCAGCUGCGUCGUGUGAGUAUUCACACAUCAUAUGGAAUGGAAGAUGAUGAGUAUGCUUCUUCAUCAGAGAUGUCACUUGUUCGAUCAUUUCUACUCUUGAUCGAGUUGGAUAGGAAUGUACUUCCCAUGGUUUUCACAUUAAGAUUGCUUAGGGUGUUGGAUUUAUUGGAAAUGCGUAAGAUUGAGUUCCCGGAAGAAAUAUUACAACUUGUGAACUUACGCUACUUAGGUAUCGAUUGCAAGUCAUUGCCAAGAAGUGGAAUAUCAAGAUUGUGUAAUUUGCAAACGUUGAUUGCUUGGCUACGCGAUGGCUCUUGUCCAGCUGAGUUGUGGGAGAUGUCUGAGUUAAGACAUCUCAUCAUGUUGGGUGCAUAUCUCAGGAUAGAAGAUGAUUACAUGAAAAAAAUUGUUCAGAAGAAGCUGCAGACGAUACGGACUGUGAUGCUCAGUCGAUUAGUGAUUAGAAGGGGUUUCUUGGAAAGCAUUCCAAAUAUAAAAAGCUUGGAAAUCUGGUAUAAGGUUGAAGGCUCAUCAGGGAUGAGUGACGUAGUUGAUCUGAGUCAUCUUCACAAACUCCAAACAUUAACCUGGAGAAGUUCAGUGUUCAGGAAAUAUUAUCCGCACGUACCCAAAUUUCCAUCUACUCUUAAAAAAUUAAACCUGGAUCGUUGUGUAAUAACUCCGGCAGCGACGACGGCUCUGUGUGCACUACCGAAUCUGGAAGUGCUCAAGAUAGAGUAUUGUACCUUCAAAAGCAAUGAGACAGAAGAAGAAGUAGAAGAAGAAGAAGAAGCAAAUGAAGAAUGGGAAAUAGCAGAAGGAGAUGAAUUCAACUCAUUGCAGUUUCUGCUACUCGUUGGUUUAAAACUGGUGCGUUGGAGAGCUGAUGAAACCAACUUCCCUAGACUCCGCCAUCUCUUUAUACGAGGUUGUAGGAAGCUAGAGGAAAUCCCCGCCCGCAUUGGAGAAAUCCCAACCCUCCAAUUAAUCCACUUAGAAAGGUGUAGCGGUUCAGCAGUGGCGUCAGCGAGACAGAUUCAAGAUGAGCAGCAAUCUGAAUACGAGAACUACCAACUCCAACUUCGUAUCUUCCCAUAAUUGCACAGAAAGAGGAAGAGAAAAGAAAGGAAGAUGAAGAUUGAAGACGACUCAAAGUGGCCACAUUUGAAACUCAUUAGAUUUCUCCUCUCUUGUCUUGUCUACCAUUGCUUCAUAAUUUGCUUUGUUUUUCUCACUAGCUUGUUUUUUCCACUUUUUUUUAUUGUUUUAGAAGAGCAACUCAUUUUCCCUUUUAGUGUUUUUAAAAAGAGGUUAUUGCAAGAAAAUA